AUGGAGGAACUAGUUAGAAAGGCUCAGGUUUGCGAGCCCUUGUGGGUUCCAACAUCAAAUAACUCUCAUGAGAUUUUAAGCGAAGAUGAGUAUGUGCGGUCAUUUCCUAGAGGCAUUGGACCGAAACUAAUGGGAUUCAAAUCUGAAGCUUCAAGAGAAUCGAUGGUCGUCAGCAUGAAUCAUAUGACUGUUGUGGAAAUUCUAAUGGAUGUGCAUCAAUGGUCAAAUGUGUUUUCUGGCAUUGUUUCAAGAGCAAUGACUUUAGAAGUGCUUUCAACCGGAGUGGCUGGUAAUUAUAAUGGAGCUCUUCAAGUGAUGAGAGCUGAAUAUCAGAUUCCUUCACCACUCGUUCCAACACGAGAAAACUAUUUCGUUCGGUAUUGUAAACAACAUGGUGAUGGGACGUGGGCGGUUGUUGAUGUAUCCAUGGAUAAUAUGGGCUCAUCGUCAAUUUCAAGAUUUAGGAGAAGGCCCUCUGGCUGCUUGAUUCAAGAACUUCUUAAUGGUUACUCAAAGGUCACUUGGAUUGAACAUGUUGAAGUUGAUAAUGGGGACGUUCAUGAUAUCUAUAAGGUACUAGUAAACUCUGGUCUUGCAUUUGGUGAAAAAAGAUGGGUAGCCACAUUAGAUAGACAAAGUGAACGACUUGCAAGUGCAAUGGCUAGCAAUAUUCCUGCAGGAGAUGUUGGAGGCAAGUGUCCUAUUAUAACGUCUCCAAAAGGGCGAAAGAGUAUGUUAAAGUUAGCAGAAAGAAUGGUUUUGAGCUUCUGUAGUGGGGUUGGUGCUUCGACUGCUCACACAUGGACAAGUUUAUCUGGUAGUGGAGGAGAUGAUUGGGACAUCCUUUCGAAUUGUGGGCAUGUUGAAGAAAUCGCACACAUUGCCAACGGCCGUGAUCCAGGAAAUUGUGUUUCCCUUUUGCGUGUUAAUGUGAUCCAGAUUAUGUUUGCGUUGCUUCCAUCUGGUUUUGCCAUACUUCCUGAUGGACUAGUAGAUGAUGAAGGAGGAGCUCUUGUUAGUGGAACUGGUGGAUCAUUACUCACCAUCGCAUUCCAGAUUUUAGUAGAUUCGGAUCCUACAUCCAAACUGUCACUAGGAUCGGUGGCAAUAGCUAAUAGUCUUAUUAAGUCCACGGUUGAAAGAAUCAAAGUUGCAGUAGCUUCUAAUAUGAGUAAAGCAAUGGGGAUUUAA